AUGUCGGCCCACUGCUGCAGUGAAAUGCAGGCUUCUGAGCCCUGGGCUGCAGUGGAGCCGCUGUCUAGCCAGACCAUGAGUGGCGGAUAUGAUCUCAACCUCUUCACCACCCCUCCUGACUGCAACUUCCUGUGCUCUGUCUGCCAUGGGGUACUCAAGAGGCCAGUGAGGUUGCCCUGCGGUCACAUCUUCUGCCAGAAGUGCAUCCUUCGGUGGUUAGCCAGACAAAACACCUGUCCAUGCUGCAGGAAAGAGGUGAAAAGGAAAAAGAUGGUCCAUGUGAAUCAACUCCGGAAAACCAUUGGCCGCCUCGAAGUCAAGUGCAAGAACGCGGAGGCCGGCUGCGCGGUGACGUGCGCCCUGGCCCAUCGCAAGGGACAUCAGGACACGUGUCCGUUCGAGCUGCUCGCCUGCCCCAACGAGGGCUGCGCGGCGCGCGUGCCGCGCGGGGGCCUGGCCGAGCACCGGCAGCUCUGCCCGCGGGGCGGCCGGCAGCGCUGCCCCCUGGGCUGCGGGGCCACGCUGGGCCCCGCCGAGCGCGCGCGCCACAACUGCUACCGCGAGCUGCGCGACGCCUGGAGCGCGCGGCAGACGCGCAGCCGGGCGCUGCUGCAGAGCCUGCUGCGGCGCGUGCGCAGAGUGCACCGCACCACCGACCUCAUCCGCCGGCAGCUGGCGCAGCUGGGCAACUUCCUGGACGAGGACGACGCCGUGCUCCUGCGGGCCGCGCCCGAGGCCGAGGCCGCCUCGGACGGCAGCGUGGUGGCCGAGCUGUGGGGGCCGCACGGCCAGGGUGUCUUGUGAAUUAAGAGGGAAA